AUGGAGUCCACUACUCCGGCACCGGUGCCUGAACCGGUGGGGGGAGGCACACAAGGUGUGUCCUUCAGGGACAUGGUUGUCGGCAACCAAUCUGCUACGAUGCCUAGGACCAAGGUAGAUCUGAUUGCCCACAAACUGGUCCGUAUUGAGCAUGACAAUGGUGAUAGGCUUUGCCCUAGAGUCUAUGCGGCAGAUUCCAUUGUGGAUGCACUGAGUAUUCCUUGGAAGGAAGCUUUACUGGUUAGAAUCCUGGGGAAAAACCUGGGAUAUUCUCUAAUGAAACAGAAGUUGCAAGCUACCUGGAAGCCACAAGGCGCGUUUGACCUUGUGGAUUUGGAGCAUGGUUUCUUUAUGGAAAAAUUUGAUAAUGUCCGAGAUAGAGAGCGGAUUCUCCAAGGCGGCCCCUGGAUGAUCUUUGAUCGAUACAUCGUUGUUAGCCAAUGGAGUCCAGACUUUGUGUCCACACCACACGCGGUUGGAAAGAUGUUGGUUUGGGUGCGUUUCCCACGUUUGAACCUCACCUUUUAUGAUGAGAGCUUCCUCUUAGCCUUGGCUACAACCGUGGGUUCACCGGUGAUGGUCGAUUCUAAUACUAUCAAGGCCAUGAGGGGCAAGUUUGGUUUAGAGGUCACUGGCUUCGAGUCGAGUACGAGGGUCUCCAUAUCAUUUGUGAGCACAUCGGGCAAGGUCCAAGAUGAUGGAUCCCACGAAACUGCUGGUAAAGCAUCUGCUCCGGCGGCAGCGGCGGACCAAUCAAAGCCUGCUCCAAACCCUAAGGCAAAUAAGUCAAAUGAUGACGUCAUUUCUUCUUCAGCGGUGGGGCCAUCGGAUGAUGUACAACAUGGGGAUUGGCUUGUGGUGAAACGCAAGAAAUCCAAGAAAUUAAAUGCUAAUAACUCCAAGGAAGGAAUCAAGGGCACAAAACUAGGAAAUUCCAAAAUAGCAGAUUCAAAGAAUAAGGGGCCACCCAAGUCAAGUGGGGCCAAGGAAAGUGGGACCCCAGUUCAGUCUACCAUGGGAGUGGCUUGA